AUGGACGUGGACAGUGCUGAGGAGGCAGUGAGCGAAGGAGAGACUGUCUUGCCAGAUUCACCUGAUAUGAAUUUGAGAGAUGAAUCAUCUGGUGGCCACAGUAGUUGCAGGGGGGGCACUUUCAGGAGCUGCACACCACCUAGUCCCACUUCCAGGGCAUGGAAGACAGAAGAGGAUCCUGAUGUGGCGCUACCAAAACUGAAGUUUGUUCCCAGGCGGACACCAGGAAUCCAAGCUCCUCUUAAAAGUGGGACACACACUCCUCUCGACAUUUUCUCCAGGUUUUUUGAUGCAGAGGUGUGGAGGUUACUAUGCUCCAACACUAACAAAAGUGCAGCUCGACACCAGGAGAGAGGGAGAAAAUAUCACUGGACUGAUGUAACCCCUGAGGAGCUGAAGAAAUUCAUCGGUCUUCUGCUCUACAUGGGAGUGAUGAACCUCCCUAAAAUGACAGACUUCUGGAGAAAACAGACCAUCUUUGAAGUGCUCCUCCCCGCUACGGUCAUGACACGGGACAGGUUCAAGAGCAUUUUGUCCUUUUUCCACAUCAGUGACCCUGAAGAAGAUGGCCAAAAUGACUUAGCCAGGGGAACUGAGAAGUAUGACGUCCUUCACCGUGUCCAGCCACUUCUUGAGAUGCUGCGGACCCACUGCAUGGCUGUUUACCAUCCUCGACAGCACAUUUCGGUGGAUGAACGGAUGGUAGCCACCAAAGCAAGGCUGUCCUUCAAGCAGUACAUGAGGGACAAACCUACAAAAUGGGGCCUGAAAUUUUUUGUACUGGUAGACAAGAAUGGCUACACCGUCGAAUACCAGCUGUACACCGGAAACCCACUACUAUUCCGCCACCUGGGUCAGCAAGGGUUUGGAGCCUGUGGAACUUACAGGCAGGGGAGGAUCGGGGUUCCCACAACAACAGAGAAUGCCCUGACAAAGAGAUCUCCACGAGGGUCCAUUCGCUGGUUGAGGGACGGAGACCUUUUAUUUGUGAAGUGGAUGGACACGAGGGAGGUGUCCAUGUGUACAAAUGUCCACUCGGUGUACGCUGGAGAGACGGUGCUGCGGUGGAGGAAGAAGGCAGAUGGCACCUAUGAAAGGGUGCCUAUCCCCAGACCCACAGCGGUGGGCGAGUACAACCGCUACAUGGGAGGAGUGGACACGUCUGACCAGCUGCUGGGCACUAACACGGUCCACAGAAAAACACGGAGGUGGUACAUCACGGUUUUCCAACACAUGUUGGACAUGGCUGUUACCAACAGCUUUAUUAUUUUCAAAGAGAUGUCGACCAUCCGUGGCGAGAGACCCCCCACAAGGCAGGACUUUCAGGAGAUGUUGACAUCACAACUGUUAGGAGUUCCCCUAAAAACAAAGCCCAAAGUGCCCACCUCCAACCACCUCCCUGUCCCCACCAGUUCUGGACAAUCAAAAAGGCAAAAGGCCAGUAUGGGACGGCGUCAGUGUGUGCUCUGCAGACGCUGCACUCCCUGGCAGUGUGAGGAGUGUAAGGUGGGGCUUUGCUUGCAGGUGGACAGGAACUGUUUCAGGAUGUACCACACUCUGCCUGAAUCAGAACAGUAA